AAGGUAAUAGCUGAAAGGAAGCGAUUGUUAUUAUUAUAGUGCAGAUGCGCGUAAUGGUUUUAGAGUAGUUUAUGUGUAAAUUGGCCACAACAUAGAAUGCGGGAAAGUGAAACCUGUUUUGUUUUGUUUUUCUUUAUAGAAAAAGUUAUGAGAUAUUUGUGACGUGUAAAUGUAGACUAUAUAAAAGUGACCGUUUGGGGGGACCUCGAUCCGCAGUUAGGCAACAGCACGCCACACAUUGGGCACGGAGUGGGGCGGUACUGGUGUGUUUACUUCGAGGUGACAGGCGGCAGAUUUUGCGCAAAUGCUGUAGAUGAACUCUACGAGACGGGUAUCGUUCGGGCAUAAUCCGCAAUUUUGCGGAACAGCGUGCAGAGUCCUUGAAGAGUCCUUGAUUUGCAUGUAGCAUGAUGGGAGUGAGUGGGUGAAAAAGCAGUUGGUCUUCAUGGAGCGGAGUCCAGCUGUGUUGUGGACCUGGCUGCUGGGGGCUGGACUCGUCCUGGUGUUUUGCAUUACAACAUCCACGGCCUUCCCCCGACCCCCUCGGCUAAUCGGCUGUGUGUUCAUACAUCGAGUUAAUGUCACCUGCCACUGGGAGCCCGGAGACACACCAACAACGAAAUACACUCUGCAGGUUGAGAAGAUAUCUAGUGCCAACAGGUCUGCAAAAAAGACAUACACCUGCACCACGCAUAAAACCACCUGCACAAUAGGACUUAAUGGUUCAACUUCAAGGAUUGACUUUUGCAUCACAGUCACAGCACACGGUGGAAGCGAGAGCUUUUCAUCGCACCCUCGAUGUCAGCCCGGCAGGACAGAAGUGAUGCUGCCUCCAGCCACCCUGAACAACGUAACAGAAGUUCGUGGCUCUCCUCAGUGUCUGAAUGUAACUUGGAGCCGCGUAUCAUCGGACUUUCCUGUGUCUAACAAUGAAAUCCAGCAGGGAAAUCUGAAUUCACAAAUUGAAACAGUGACUGAGCAGCUUGAUUUUCAGAUCAGAAAUGUGACAAUGGAAGGCUACUCUGUCGUGGUUUGCCACCUUAGACCUGAUACAGAAUACACCAUCAGGCUUCGCCACCGUUACCGUGGCCCUGCAAGUCCAUGGAGCAUGUGGAGCAAAGCACUUCAGGGAAGGACAGCAGAAGAUGCUCCAUCUGCAGCACCAGUAUUCUGGAGACGAGUGAAACAAAAUCACAGGAAUGGAUGGAGACUCGUCUCUCUGCUUUGGAAGCCGUUACCUCAUUUUCUGGCCAAUGGCAAAAUUGUCUUUUACAACGUGACUUGCCAGACAGAAAGCACUCCGAUCUUGAGUGAUCAUGGGAGCUGCAAAUAUUUGCACCAUUUGAGUACAUCCUGUAGCUUGCUCCUUCCUGCUGGGCGUUCCUUCUGCACUCUGACGGCCUCCACCUCUGCCGGCGUGUCACCAAAAUCUAAGAUUUUGCUGCAUGGAUCCUCUGAAACAGCAACGCUCUACACGUACACACGGCAAGGAACACCCUCAGCUGGUAUUGACGUAAAAGUGCAGCAGAUCUCAGGCGGCAUGGUGGAGCUCACCUGGAGUCCUGUACCUGUGGAGCUUCUUCGUGGUUUCCUCCGUAACUACACUCUGUACUACAGAACCAGAGACCAGCCCGCAAGGAGUGUUUUUGUGCCUGGUCAGGCUCGCAGCUACACGCUGCAGAAUCUGUCACCCGGUAACUACGCCAUCUUCAUGCAGGCCAAUACUGAGGCUGGCGCCGGAGAAACUGGGACCAUAGCUAAUGUGCACAUACGCUCUGAGGAAAUCUCGGUAGUGAUGUAUGUGGUCGUUCCACUCGUGCUGACGAUAUUGGCACUGAUACUGAUGGCCUGCCUAGCACAGCAUGGAAUUGUGAAAGAGAAGCUAUGUAAAGAUGUCCCUGAUCCCUCCAACAGUAGCUUGUCCCACUGGGCCCCUAAAACUACAUUGGAGAGUAUGAAUCCUCUUGUGCUGCCGGAGAAGCCUGCAGUCAAAUACUCUGAAGUCAUUGUGCUUGGUGAGCUGGAGAACUCCAGCCUGGAUCAGGACCACAGCUAUCAGGGUGUCUGUAAUCUGCGAACAUAUUCCAGUCUCAGGUCUCCACUUGACAUAAGUAGAUCAGGGAAAACAUUAACCAGAAGGUCUGCAACUGAUCUUUCCCCCUGCUGCUCAGAUUACUCCAGUGUCAUGUUAUCCGGACCGCUCCAGAAUACUCCCGGGCCUCUUGUGCACCUCUCCUGUGACCAGUACAACUGGCAGACAGCUAACGUCAAUGAUGUUAAGUUGCAGCUAGGUGGAGCCAGCGAGCCAUCUCAGUCACAGCCCAAGGAUGAACAGAAAACCUUGCAUCAUUUUCUGCAGCACCAUCAGAUCCCCGCUUCCUUCUCUGACUUAAGCAGUAUAUCUUCUUCCGCUGUUUUACCUUCUCACACAACAGAAAUCAGUUCCCUCAAGCAUCCUUUUUCUCAAAGCAGCUUUAACUCAUUGCUGCAGUCUAACAACAUCCGUCAGCCCAGUGAUUCUUCAGAUAAUUUCACUACAUCAUUUUCACAGUUUCUCCCUUCUAUCUUUGUGGAUUUCUCCUACUGUCCUGUGGAGUGUGAUCCUUACAUUUCGUCAACAAUUUAGUGUCACGGAAGGGAAGUACAUAAUAUUUAUUCAUCAAAAAUGUCAUUAUUAUGUUUUAUUUAUAUGUAAACCACAUUCAUACAUCCACCUUGUGCUUAUCCAGUUGCCGGGGCGAGUGUUGGAACCUACUCCGGCUGCGUCAUAGGGCAAAAAGGCAGUGUAAACCCAGUACAGGUCACCAGUCUAGCCAUUUACACUCAUGGCAAGUUUAAAAUCACCAAUUAACCUAACCCCAUACAUAUCUCUGGGAGUAAGCUGGAGUAUCCAGAGAGAACAUACAAGCUUCAUACAGAAAGGGCCCAGGUAGCCAGUGGACUUUAUUCCAAGGAACCUCUUUCUAUGAGGCAAAAAUGGAAACCACUGCACCACCUCGCUGCCUCCUAGUCAUAAAAUAUGGAAAAAAAGUUGUUGUUGUUUUUAAAUUUUUGUAGUCAAAUGAUUUCAAAGUCAGGAUGUAAUUACUGCAAUGAGUAAGGUUGGCUGACAACAGUCCAGUUAACAUUAGCCCCUUUCAUGCAACUGGGAAUUCUCCAAUGAUGGGAAUGUUCUCAAGCUUUGGCUGGGGAAUCUUUCCCAUCAAAAAAGAUGUGAUCAGGAAUCAGUUGCCUUUGACAUUUAGGGAAAUGCACUUAUAUGAGUUCUUCCUAAGAAGGAGAUGAGAAUGUGGAUACCACUUUUCUACAGUAAAUGUGAAGCUAUACUCUGCAGAAGCAUAGAAAGUGAAAACAGAGGGUAACAGCUGGCCUGGCUCUGUAAAGAACAUCUUUUUCAUUUGACAAGAUAAAUAUGAGCAGUCAAAGGGAGGAUGGAUUAUUUUUUAUAUAUAUGUAAACACACUCAUUUGUGAUUGAUUGGUUACUUUUUUGUAUAUGUUUUGAGGCAUUAUGAAGUUUUUUUCCUCAUCUUACUAAUAUACACGCCGCAUGUUUUGGCUGUCAGUGCUGAGGAAUGUUAACGCAAACUGCUCCCUGUAUUUUACCGAUGUUUGACUUGGCUGUUAUUUUUCUAUUUUUAGUGAAGUGAUUUAUUCUUGUUGCUUAUAUAGUUGAAAUCAGGUAUCUGAAAGCUUUAUGUGUGUGCCUAUGAAGAAAAAAAAAAAAGCAUACACUCACUGGGCGCUCUUUUAGAUACACAAGUUCAACUGGUUAGUCUAUUUAGCCAGUUCAGUACAUUUAGAGACAUAGAUGAUAAUCUUCGGAAGCUCAAAGUGAGCAUUAAAAUGGGGAAGAAGGGAGAUUCAAAUGACUUUAGUAUGUAUGGUUAUUGGUUUUAGGGUUGGGCUGGUGUGUCUAAUAAAGUGCCCAGUGAGUGUAUAUAUCUAUAUCUGUCUAUCUAAGUAGGAAGAUAUAGAUUUAGUUAUUUAUAUAAAAAGGACUUGAACUAGUUAUAAAUACUGUGAACAAAGACUAACUAGACUGUCCAUUAACAGCAUUUCUUAUCUUUCUGGUUUGUUACAGCUAGUCUAGACUCUUCUGCUACAUGUUACCUAUUUUCUGUUACACGCCUGCAGUUUGGAAAGUGGGCUUGUACAAGUCUCAGAGUCAGACCCCUCAAAAUGCUGCUGCUGACUUGAGUUUAUCGUUACAGUAGAAUGAGCCAUCUUUGUAACUGUGAAUACUUCCGAGCUGAGUUUGUAUUUGGUUUACAUAAUUUGUACGUUGUGAGAAUUAAAAUAUCCACUUUAAUGUACGAACCAGAAUUUCAAGGGUAAAAUAUUAAAUUUACUGUGUGCUAA